AUGUCUCUCAAAGCUUCCGCAGAUCUCGAAGCUAAUCUCGACAAGGCCCAAGUGGAUAAUAUCGAGAUCGUUACAACAGACAAACCGCGGCCAAAAAAGGAUGUUCCUGCCUACGUUGCUAGUUUGUCCGCCGCGGAGCGUAUCGAGGCUGAGAAGGCCCUCGUACGCAAGAUUGAUAUUCGUUUGUUGCCGAUGCUCAUUAUCAUGUACAUUCUGAACUACUUGGACCGAAACAACAUCGCUUCUGCUCGCUUGGCUGGUCUCGAGGAGGACUUGGGUCUUGUUGGUAAUCAAUAUGCGACUUGCGUCAGUAUCCUUUUCGUCGGUUACUUGUUGAUGCAGAUUCCCUCCAAUCUGCUCUUGAACAAGAUCGGUAAACCCGCCAUUUAUUUACCUGUGUCUAUGAUUCUCUGGGGUAUAAUCUCCACUUGCACUGGUGCCGUUCGAAGCUAUGCCGACCUCGUGGCCGUUAGAUUCUUACUCGGCUUUGUAGAGGCCGCCUACUUUCCCGGUUGUCUCUACUUUCUCAGUGCGUGGUAUACUCGCAAGGAGCUGGGAUUCCGCACUGCAGCCCUCUACUCUGGUUCAUUGCUCUCGGGUGCUUUCUCUGGGUUGAUUGCCGCGGGAAUUACAAAUGGAAUGAAGGAUGUCAGAGGUCUCGGAGCCUGGCGUUGGCUGUUCAUCAUCGAGGGCGCUAUCACCAUCGUCGUCGCAUUUAUCGCUAUCUGGGUCCUUCCCAACUUCCCUCGUACCACGAAGUGGCUAUCGGAAGAGGAAAAAGAACUAGCUGCCUGGCGUCUGGAAGAAGAUAUCGGCGAAGACGACUGGGUCGACAGCGAACAUCAGUCAUUCCUCUACGGCGCCAAGCUAGCCGUCACCGACAUCAAGACAUGGAUUCUGACACUUAUGAUAAUUGGCAUCGUCUCCUCCGCCUCAGUAACAAACUUUUUCCCCACAGUCGUCCAAACCCUGCACUUUGAUAGAAUCACCACUCUACUACUAACCGCACCACCCUACUGCCUGGCCGUCUUCUCUGCUUUUACAAACGCUUGGCAUGCGGAUCGUACCGGUGAACGCUAUUUCCACAUCACUCUGCCACUCUAUGUAUCCGUUGCGGCCUUUAUCCUCGCUGCUACCACUACGGCUACUGCUCCGCGCUAUGUCGCUAUGAUGCUUAUGGUCCCAUCCUUCUACGCUUCUUACGUUGUCGCUCUUGGUUGGAUCUCGUCUACGUUGCCGCGUCCUGCUGCAAAGCGUGCUGCUGCGCUUGCCGCUAUCAAUUGUGUUAGCAAUUGUAGCAGUAUCUACGCUAGUUACAUGUAUCCGAAGAGCGACGGCCCUCGUUUCAUUCCUGCCAUGUCCGUCAACUGCGGUACUGCCGUUCUUGCUAUCCUUGCAGCAACGGCUCUGCGCUUCAUUCUCGUCCGUCUUAACAAGAAGCUUGAUCGUGGCGAGACGGUCGAGGGUGCUGUACCUAGCGAGGCUGGAACUCGUGGCUUCCGCUUCCUGGUUUAA